UUGUGUACGAAUCUUUCAAAAAACAAUUAAUUAACCUUAUGAAAUAUUUCUUAAUAUUUUGCAAUAACCAUAAUAGCCAGAAAUCUCUCGUACCUAACAUUUACCUAAGGCUUACCUUUUGUCACGUAUAACCAACUUAAAAGGAACUGCGCGCUGGAGAUGUAUUCUUGAUUGAUGUAUUAAAACUGAAUAGAUAAAGAGUUUAACGUAUAUUUGUUGAAAUAUUGUUGUUUAAUUUACUAUACAUUUAAAGAUAUACAACAUGAUCUCUAUGAAUCUUACUUGAUAACAUUUAGUAGCGGUUAGUUAUUCUUAUGUGAUAUUGUAAAGAAGAAGAAAAAAUAAUUUUUGAUCCAGAAAGAUAAUAAAAAUGACUGUAGUUAAUAUCAAAGAAGUAGACAAUAUUGAUGUGAUGACGAAUCCAUCGAGCGCUUGGUGGUGCAGGGGAAAGUUGAGGGCAACAGACCACAAGGAAGAUCGCCUAUGAGGUGAACCGACCAAAUCAGAGCGGCUGUGAAUGUCCCCCUGCACCAAUGUACAAAACAGGCAGUGACUAGGGAGGAGUGGCGGCGCCUGGUAAAGCGGGUCACUGAUACGUGAUUACCACGACCAGUCUGACAAGACUGUAACGACGGAGAAGAGAAGAAGAAGAAACAAUAUUCCUGAUCUGCACUUGUUUUUCCUUUUGUAAAAUUUUAAUGCUCGUUCUAAUUUUAAAAUUGGUUGCAGAAAAUGAUCAUCAAGAUUCCAAUACAAUAACAUCGAUGCAAGAAAUUGAUUUAGCUCUUAAAGAAUGUGGUAUAGGUUGGUUUCAUGUGUUAUUAUUGACGUCGUCAAUCAUUGGAUUGAUAGCUGGAAUACUGGUGACAAAUACAACACCUUAUAUAUUACCAAUAGCAGAAUGUGAUUUAAACAUGAGUUUGUUACAAAAGGGAUUGUUAAACGCAAUGCCAUACAUAGGCAUGACACUAGUAUCAAUUUUGGUUGGUUUUCUGACUGAUACCUUUGGACGGAAAAUAUUUCUGGUCUCCGGUUUUUGUGGGCUAUUCCUCUUUACUGUUGUUGGUGGAUCAAGUCAAAGCUAUGAAGUUCUGGUUGUGGCGAAAUUCUUCGAAGGAGUUUUAUUCGCAGUGUCGUUCGGUCCAAAUUUAACGAUGACUUCUGAGUUUUGCUACAAGGAGAUUAGAGACCGGGUGAUAUUGUUCAGAUCUUCGUUCAAAGCGGUCGCUCAGAUUAUUGUUGCCGCGAUGUCUUGGGGCAUACUCUCACAUGAUUGGAACUUAAGUUUAUUUAAUGGAUUUUUAGAUCUUCAUAUUUGGAAUAUUUACAUUUACUUUAUGUCCAUAUGGUCAUUAGUUUCAUUCGUUUUAUAUCUCUUUUUACCUGAGAGUCCGAAAUUUUAUAUAACCCAAAAUAAAUUCACAGAAGCAAAACAUGUGAUAUUUAAAAUAUACACAAUGAAUACAGGAAAACCCGUUGAAACUUUUAAGUAUUUUAAUUUAUGGAAGAAUAAAGAAAACGAUAUUAUAGACCAAGAGCCAAAGAGAAAAGUGAAGAUAACUCUUAAACAACAAUUGUUAGUUGGACUACACAACGUGAAGCCAAUGUUUAAACCGCCAUUGGUUAGCUAUCUCGUUAUAAUAUCUGGUAUGAACUUCUUAAGCUUGGGUUUUUACAACAUAAUAAGGUUAUGGUUCCCACAGCUGUCGACCAUUGUCGAACAUUACAGUAAUUUCAAUGGUGAAAAUAAUUUGUGUGAUAUAUUGGAUACGUAUACACAUAAUUUGAAUAUGAAAGUAAAUACAACAUUAUCUGAAGUUUGUGUACCGACACGCAGUGGUGAUGAAACUUACAUCAACAGUAUGAUUUUAGGCUGCGUUUGCAUUAUACCGUUUGCAUUAAGUGGUAUUCUAGUGAACAAAGUCGGUAAGAAGAAUUUAUUCAUAGCUGGCGGUUUUAUAUGCGUUGGUGUUACUUUGGGUAUAAGAUGGGCGAACUCGAAAUUUUCUGUGGUCGCAUUAUUCUCCGUAGAUGUCGCUGUAUUACAAACCUUGACAGGUUUAUUCCAAGCUUCGACAGUUGAACUAUUUCCGACAAGCAUGAGAACUCUUGCGAUCGCCGUGAUUAUGACUUUGGGACGUAUUGGCACUCUGGUUGGCAAUGUGGCAUUCCCUAUACUACUUAACCUGGGCUGCAGUGUACCGUUCUACUCUCUAACUUCUGUAAUGAUAUGUGUAACAGUAAUGGCUCUGCUUCUUCCGAAAUCAUGAGAAGUUAUCAUCUUCACAACUUCUUUUUAAUAUUAUAUAGCGGCAAAAAAGCCACAUGACUUCAAAUCGAAAUGUCAAAACGAAGCAACUGCUGCGUAAUUUGUUAUUGCUCAAUUGUAAAUUGAA